AUGGCAAGGGGUGUGACAGCAGUUCAGUCUCGCACGCAACCUAAGGAGACUAUCUCCUUUCCUGUUUUGACCUAUACCGAUGCCUUGCCACGGAAUGACCUUCACUCUCUUGAGGCCUCACAGUAUCCAGGUCAGCCCGCCAUGAUUGGACAGUGGGAUUUCAGCCAGCCCUCUACGGGAGAUGGGUGGUUCAGAAAGCCAACCCCGGACCAAGGUGCAACUUUCGACUUUCGCAUAACCGCGCCACCAGAUGAAGCCAUUCAAAAUACUCGAUCAGGCCGUACCCAAACCGAGGAACACAUGAUUGGCAUUGCGCUGGGCAGUCCUGGCAUGUUAAACAAAGACGAGCCACUACCGCCACCUAGAUUUGAUACAUCCAUCUUUGCAGAAAGAGAUUCAGCGCAUAAGCCCAGCAAGUGGAAGAAGAUUGGCGGAUUCUUCAAGGCAAAGAAUGCGCUUACAUCGCUUCCAGAUAGCGCACAAGAAAGCGCGGUCAAGCCACAAAGCAACAACUAUAAACUACCGGAGAAACCACAGAAAGCAAGACUGAGAAAGAACUCGACGGAGGAGUGGCCGAAAAUCGAGAUCGAUCCCAACAACAUGCCUGGUCGAAGCGAUCAACCUUCCCAGCGGAGUCGGAAUUAUUCACUCGGCAGCAAGCCGCCCAAGUAUGAACCAAGUACCCAGGGUCUCUUACUGAGUGUCGACAUCCCAGACGUUCAGAUGGAGCGGUACAGUGUCAUGUUCAGCAAUGUCGUCAACAAGAACCAAAAACCCUCACUGCUGGCCAGAAGGGCCAAGACAUUGGACAAUCUUCGCGUGCCAGAUGCAAAUGGCUUCCUAAAAUCACCCGCACCACCCCCAAUGCCCCAACGUCGGGCAACAUCACCAGCGCAAUCAAGCUUCACCUUAUUCCCAGCUUCACAGCCUUCGAAAGCGGCCCAGAUACUCGGCACACAGAAUUUCUCCCGUGGACCGAGCCCACUGGUGAGAGCAAACACACUUCCUGCCGAUAGCCCAUCGAAGAUGCCUGUGCUACAGCUCCGUCAUGGGUCAAAUAUGGACAGUGUCUCAUCAUUCGAGUCACCCGUCAUUCCGAAGCUUUUCUCUGAGCGUUCCAAUACCCCGCAGUCCUCCAGUAGUUAUGACAAGCCUCUUCCUGCUAUCAAGCCGGAACCACAGACUACAUCUACUCAAUCACAGAAGAUUGCUCGGGCAGAAAGGAAAACACCAUCCCCACAGAAGACCCGGCCACAACAGAGCGUCCAAGGGCACAAUACUGUUGCAACAAAGCCGGUUGCUCAGCCCUGGAUUCAUCCACAGCCGAGAAAGGAUUCGCUGCCGCGAGCCAUAGAAAAACAGCCUCGGGAUACUUCACCACAAAACAAGACCGCACCACAUCAGCCCAAUAAGACAUCGAAUCACCACAGAACCACCGAGUCAGUGCGACCGCGUCUUACAGUUCAAACUGAAGACCGACCCCAACCACCCGCAAAGGACAUGCUAUCUAGCAGUCCAUCUCACAGCUCUCCUUCAGCAUUAAACCCGACCCAGAACAAGAUUGACCGAAUCAUGUCCCCAUCAUCGGCCUCAACUGGUCCUAGAUCCGGCGUAUCGCCAGCAGAUUCCACGCGCAUGCCAUUCGCGGAUGCAGUUGAGACCCUUGAUACCGCUGAACAGGAGCCCGAGCCCGAGCCUGAGCUUGCGCCCGAGCCUCGACGUCCUAUCCCCAAGGUUGAGAUCUCAAUGGCACGCACUGUCUCUGUCUCGCGGGCAAAGCGGCAGGUUCUGGUUCCCAUCGGCAUGAGGAUCGAUCAUUUGAACCCCGAGGAGCGGGUUGUGCAGAGAAGACCUCUGACACCGCAGAUUACAGAUGCUCACCGGGGGCAUCGACCUGGUGUCUCGCAGGAGUUGCGGAUAGAGUGUCUGUGA